UCCGGCAUCAUUAGAUAACGAAUUGCUUUUGCAGCCGGCGACAGUUUCCCUCAACAUGGCCAACAUUGCUAAAAUCUUCGCUUCUCGCGCACACAACGUGCUCCAGGCAGCCGCCAGACAGCCACAGGUGGCCACCAGAUUCACCCGCAGCGCUUCCACGGCCAACAACUGGGAGUUCAUUAAGACCGAUGUGACGGGUGAGAAGAAAAAUGUGGCCGUGAUCACAUUGAACCGUCCCAAGGCUCUGAAUGCCCUCUGCAACGGACUCAUGAAGGAAAUCUCCACCGCCCUGCAGGAGUUUACCAAGGACAAGAACAUCGCCGCCAUUGUGCUGACUGGCAGUGAGAAAGCCUUCGCCGCCGGCGCCGACAUCAAGGAGAUGGUGGGCAACACCUACUCGCAGUGCAUUCAAGGAAACUUCCUCAAUGACUGGGUUGAGGUGGCCCGCACCCAGAAGCCCAUCAUUGCUGCUGUGAAUGGCUACGCCCUCGGUGGUGGCUGUGAGCUAGCCAUGAUGUGUGACAUAAUCUAUGCCGGUGACAAGGCCAAGUUUGGCCAGCCUGAGAUCGCUCUGGGCACCAUUCCCGGAGCUGGCGGCACCCAGCGACUCACUCGCGUUGUGGGCAAGUCCAAGGCGAUGGAGAUGUGCCUCACUGGCAACAUGAUCAGUGCCCAGGAGGCCGAGAAGCUCGGUCUGGCCAGCAAGGUCGUUCCAGCCGAUCAGCUGCUCGCCGAGGCCAUCAAACUGGCCGAGAAAAUUGGCACACACUCGAGCCUGAUUGUCCAGCUGUGCAAGGAGUCGGUGAACACGGCCUACGAGACAACUCUCCAGGAGGGUCUGAAAUUCGAGCGUCGCACGUUCCACGCCACGUUUUCCACGGCCGAUCGCAAGGAGGGCAUGACUGCGUUUGCAGAGAAGCGCCCAGCCAACUUCACUAACGAAUAAACUCAACUGUCUUUGAAGUCUUCCCAGCCAGCAUUGCAUUUAUAUCCCUUGUGUUAUUAGUACGCAAAUAAAAACGUUUAAACUUGUA